UCUCUCUCUCUCUCUCUCUCUCAGGACCUUGCUCCUGCCUUCACUUACAGCAGACACGCUGCGGAUCCACAGCAAGAGGCACCAGUGAAGAUUCUAUGUUGCUGUAAUAAUCAACUUGUACUGGUCACACUGCUCUAGGGAUAUCAUGGGAAACAUAGACCAGAUGAAAUUCACUGCAGUGGACUAUGCUAUCUUCGUGCUUCUCCUCGUAGCUUCAGCUGGCAUUGGACUCUUCCAUGCAUUUUCAGGGGGCCGCCAGAGCACCACACGUGAGUUCCUGCUAGCUGACCGUAGCAUGAGCUGCCUACCCGUGUCAUUAUCCUUACUUGCCACCUUCCAGUCGGCUGUAGCCAUCCUGGGUGCACCAGCUGAAAUCUAUUCUUACGGCACACAGUAUUGGUUCCUGGGCUGCUCCUACUUCCUGGGCCUGCUCAUCCCGGCACACAUCUUCAUUCCCGUUUUUUACCGCCUGCGUCUUUGCAGCGCCUACCAGUAUCUAGAGCUUCGCUUCAAUAAAACUGUACGGAUAUGUGGCACUGUGACCUUCAUUUUUCAGAUGGUAAUCUACAUGGGAGUGGUGCUGUAUGCUCCUGCUCUUGCACUGAAUGCAGUAACUGGUUUUGACCUCUGGGGGGCAGUUUUGGCAAUGGGGCUUGUGUGCACACUAUACACAGCCUUGGGUGGCCUAAAAGCAGUCAUCUGGACAGAUGUGUUUCAGACAAUUGUAAUGUUUGCUGGGCAGCUGGCUGUGAUUGUGGUAGGUGCCCACCAGGCAGGUGGCAUUACUGAGGUGUGGAUUAAAGCUCAGAACGGCAGCCGCAUUUCAGGCAUCGAGCUAAAUCCUGACCCCCUGGAGAGGCACACAUUUUGGACAUUGUCUGUCGGGGGAAUCUUCUUAAUGCUGGCACUCUAUGGUGUGAACCAAGCUCAGGUCCAGAGAUACCUCAGCUCCCGCUCAGAAAGAGAAGCCAUUAUGUCAUGCUAUCUGGUGUUUCCAUGCCAGCAGAUAGUCCUGGCACUGGGUUGUCUCAUGGGACUGGUCAUGUUUGCCCGGUAUGGUGAAGACAGUCCUUUGGACAAGGGCUAUGUUCAGACCAAUGAUCAGAUGGUGUUGUAUUUUGUGAUGGAUGUGCUCAGAGACCUUCCUGGUUUGCCUGGACUAUUUGUUGCUUGUCUUUUCAGCGGGGCUCUCAGCACAAUUUCAUCUGCCUUUAACUCUUUGGCAACGGUUACAAUGGAAGAUCUUAUCAAGCCCUUUUAUCCCGAAAUGACAGAGAAGCGGGCCACACUGCUGUCUAAAGCCCUUGCUCUUGGCUAUGGACUGGUGUGUCUAGCUAUGGCUUACCUCGCUUCUCUCAUGGGCUCUGUGCUACAGGCAGCUCUGAGUAUUUUUGGGAUGGUUGGUGGGCCUCUUCUUGGCGUCUUCUGUCUUGGCAUGUUCUUUCCCUGUGCCAACUCUAUUGGAGCAGUGACUGGCUUGAUUGCAGGACUAGUUAUGGCUUUCUGGGUCGGCAUUGGCAGCUUUGUCUCCCGUAUGCAAGCACCCGGAACUCCCAUAUUUAACACCACGAUCCUCAAUGACACAGGCAACACAACCGCCAUCAUGACUACAGUCAUCACAUCUAUUACAGCAAAACCCAGGCCGACGGGACUGCAAGCUCUCUAUUCAUUGUCCUACAUGUGGUACAGUGCUCAUAACUCAACCACAGUUGUAGUGGUAGGACUGUUGGUCAGCCUUCUCACUGGGCCCUCGAAGGAGAAGGAUUUGACCCCAGGUACUGUUUUCCCUGUGCUGGGAAUUCUGCUCUUCUUUCUACCUGAACGCUACAGAGAGAAGCUGUGUUGUGUCACUCCUCUGGGGUGCGAGUCCAAGGCUCUGGACAGGCAGUCAUUUCAAAAUGGAAAGAAAGACAACAGCACUGUCCAAGUCCAAGAUGAAGACAAGAACGAAGAAGAGGAGCCCAAAAUCUCACAGUCUUCUUACAAGCUGGUAAAUGUGGAGCAGGAGACAGCUUUGUAAUGUCCUCUAAUCAAAUGCUCAGAAGGCCAUAUUUAUUGUCAUAUAAACCAUAAGAAAUGACCAUAUUGAUCUCAAAAAAGGUCCCUAAACUGUUUGGAUCAUACUUUUGCACAUUCUGAUGUUAUAAUGAUGAGGCAGUACUGAAUUUAGCACUAAACUUACAUUGUGAGAUGUGAAAUGUACAAUUUCUCCAAAAAUCGAUAAACAGCCUCAGCGUUUGCACAUUUCACAGAAA